AUGAAUUUUAAAGCUGUAAAAAAUUAUCAGAAUUUAGAAUGUCUAGUUAAUAACAAAAUAGUAAUUACAAAAAAAAUAACAGAAUUGGGGAUUCCUUAUAAAAAAAAUAUGAUAGGGCUGGCCGCAGAUGGUGCCAACGUAAUGAUGGGAAAGAACAAUUCUCUUGCAACGAAGUUCAAACAAGACAUACCACACCUUUUCGUUAUGAAAUGUGUAUGCCAUUCUGUACAUCUUGUAGCGUCAAACGCUUGCUUAAAAUUGCCUCGAGAACCCGAAGAUCUAGCACGGGAUGUGUAUAACUAUUUGAAUGGUAGCCCAAAACGUACCGGCUUGUUGAAAGAAUUCCAAGAAUUUUUGGAAUUAAAACCACACAAAUUGCUGCAACCUUCUCAAACAAGAUGGCUCUCUUUAGAGGCAGUAGUAAAGAGGUUGCUAGAACAAUACGAAGCCUUAAAGUUGUACUUUAGGGACGCUAUUUUCAGCGACCGUAUUAAAGCUGCAGAAAACAUAUUGAGAAUGAUAGAAAAUCCAGUGAACAAGCUAUAUCUGCAAUUUAUGGCGUAUGCCUUAGGAAUAUUCAACGAACUAAACAGAACCAUGCAAUCAGAAAAUACAAAUGUACACAUAAUUUACAACAGGGUGAUGACCGUAAUCUACACAAUUUUGGGAUGUUAUGUGAAAGAAGAAUACAUUUCAAGAAAUGAUCACAAAAACAUCGACUAUAAAAAUCCCAGAAAGUACAUGGAUAUAAAAGAUUGGUAUUUAGGCGCUGAAGUAGGGGCAUUGAUUGAGGAGCUUUCUGGAAAAAGAUAGCCCAGAUGCAUUUGGGUGAUGGCAGAAAAAUGUUUCCAAAUUUAACUUUGACAGUUUUGAGUUUUAUGUGCUUGCCACACUCAAGUGCAUCUGUGGAAAGGCUGUUUUCGCAAAUAAAUUUAACGAAAACAAAGUUACGGA